AAUACGUCGUCAGUUUAUAUUAUAAUCAUGAACUCUACAGGUACGGGAAGGCGCUCACUCUCAUAAGCCUCACUCGUACUGUGUCCGUUACUUAAUUUUUAGCUUUUGUCCCCCAGAAAUAUUAUUCUUAAAGUUGCUUUGCGAUUAUCGAUUUUCUUGGGUGCAGUUGCACAGUGUAAUUCACAGAAAAUGGAUGGAUCAUUCCAAGGUGGCACUAGUGUGGAUUCCUUAUUGCGAAACUACAAGCUAGGGAAAACUCUUGGAAUCGGUUCAUUUGGUAAAGUUAAAGUUGCUGAGCAUAUAUUGACAGGGCACAAAGUUGCUGUCAAGAUUCUUAACCGUCGUAAAAUAAAGAAUAUGGAUAUGGAAGAAAAAGUUAGAAGAGAAAUCAAAAUACUGAGAUUGUUUAUGCAUCCUCAUAUUAUACGUCUCUAUGAGGUUAUUGAGACGCCAACAGAUAUAUAUGUUGUGAUGGAAUAUGUGAAGUCUGGUGAGCUGUUUGAUUACAUUGUGGAGAAGGGUAGAUUACAGGAGGAUGAAGCGCGCACUUUCUUUCAGCAGAUAAUUUCUGGAGUUGAGUACUGCCACAGGAAUAUGGUUGUUCAUAGAGAUCUUAAACCUGAGAACCUUCUUUUAGAUUCGAAGUCCAAUGUGAAGAUUGCAGAUUUUGGUUUGAGUAAUAUCAUGCGUGAUGGCCAUUUUCUGAAGACUAGUUGUGGAAGCCCAAACUAUGCAGCUCCAGAGGUUAUUUCUGGGAAACUGUAUGCAGGGCCAGAAGUAGACGUAUGGAGCUGUGGUGUAAUUCUCUACGCACUUCUAUGUGGGACCCUUCCCUUUGAUGACGAAAAUAUUCCUAACCUUUUCAAAAAAAUAAAGGGUGGGAUAUAUACCCUUCCAUGUCACUUAUCUGUCAGUGCAAGGGAUUUGAUUCCGAGAAUGCUUAUUGUCGAUCCUAUGAAGCGAAUCACAAUUCCUGAGAUUCGUAUUCAUCCCUGGUUCCAAGCUCACCUGCCUCGCUAUUUGGCUGUGUCGCCACCGGAUACAAUGCAACAAGCCCAAAAGAUUGAUGAAGAUAUUCUUCAGGAAGUUGUUAAAAUGGGAUUUGACAGGAAUACCCUUGUUGAUUCUCUUCGCAACAGAGUUCAAAAUGAGGGUACUGUUACAUACUAUUUGAUGUUAGACAACCGGUUUCGGGUUUCCACUGGCUACCUCCGAGCUGAAUUUCAAGAAACUCUGGAAUUUGGUAGUAACAACUUGAAUUCAAGUGAGAAUGUUGCAUCGCCUGUUGGGCAUCAUGCUCCUGGAGCUGUUGAUUAUCCACAAUUUGGAGGAAGACAGUUUCCAAUCGAGAGGAAAUGGGCACUUGGGCUUCAGUCCCGAGCACAUCCUCGUGAAAUAAUGAAUGAAGUUCUCAAAGCUCUGCAAGAGUUGAAUGUUUGCUGGAAAAAGAUUGGGCACUACAACAUGAAAUGUAGGUGGGUUCCUGGCAUUCCUGCGCAUCAGGAAGGCAUGGUUGACAAUUCUAUGCAUGGUAAUCAUUACUUUGGAGAUGAAUCUGCUAUUAUAGAAAAUGGCAGUGUUACUCAACCGCAAAACGUUGUCAAGUUUGAAGUACAGCUGUAUAAAACUCGUGAAGACAAAUACCUGCUCGAUCUACAGAGAGUUCACGGCCCACAAUUUCUCUUUUUGGAUCUUUCUGCUGCAUUCCUUGCGCAGCUCCGUGUCCUCUAAAGUUAGCUCCUUUUCCCAUCAUGCUCUGUUUGGUUCUAAGGAAAAAAGUCAAUGCUGUAAAUAAAUUAUUACUAAUUUAAGCCCCCUCUAUUUUCAUCUUCCCCCACCUUCCCACCUUUAAUCUAUUAAAGGUUAAUGUCGUCGCAAGCCAAUCUUUUUAGCGACUCUAUUAUGAGUUGGGGCUUCUUGUACGACAAUUUCCCCUUACAUGGUUGUUACAUCUCUUUCUAUGAUGUUAUUCAAGGUAAAAAGUUUCAGAUUUUGUUCAGUUCUUCAUAUCAAUCCAUGAAUAGCACUGUCGAUUUUA